UUCGCCACGUUAUCGCAGCCAAUCAGGCCUCGUGUGGGAGCCGUAGUGCUGGGCAAAGACUGGGGGACAGUGGGCAGUCGGCUAGUGGCCGGGGGAUGACGAGGAUGUUGGUGCUUUGCAAACGGUGUAAUGAAUACUCUUGGUUUGGGAGAAGAAUCGUGUGGCGUUGAAUCAGUGUCACCGUUUGGGAAUGCCUUUAAUUCUGUGAAAGGGCCAUAUGGAGAUUUUGCCUGACAGCAAAAGUGAACUGUUGACAGCCAAUCUGGAUUUUAACGGCCUGCUGAAGAAUCAGUCUUCUUUGAGGAAGAAAAGGUUGCUGAUUAUUGUACCAGAUGAAUUCCAGAAAACCAAGGCAGAAACAGAAGUGGGAACAAAUUUCAGCAUUGAACUACAGAAGGGCUUGAUCGAGCCAACAAAAGAGAUUAGUAAUCAAAUGUUCAAUUAGCAAACCUGUUUCACUCCACUAGCUUGAAAAGCAUUGAACUUUAAAGAUAUGGCUGUGAAUGUUAGGGUGAUGCUAUGGACUUUUUAUGCAGUAUUUGCACUCUUGGGGCAAGUUAAUGGCCACAGUAUGUUCGCUUGUGAGCCCAUUUCUCUCAGAUUGUGUCGUGACCUGCCUUACAAUAUGACUUUCAUGCCAAAUCUUCUAAAUCAUUAUGAUCAGCAGACUGCAUCCCUGGCAAUGGAGCCAUUCCACCCUCUUGUAAACUUGAAAUGUUCCAGAGACCUUCAGCCGUUCCUCUGUGCAAUGUAUGCCCCAAUAUGCACUGAAUAUGGGCGUUUUACUUGGCCAUGCCGUAAACUGUGCCAGCGAGCUUAUAUGGAGUGUCAUAAGCUAAUGGAAAUGUUUGGAGUGACAUGGCCAGAAGAGAUGGAGUGUGCAAAGUUUCCAGAUUGUGAUGAAGGCUAUCCACGCCAAACAGACUCUGUUUCAGAUGGUGACCCCACAGAGGAGGCCCCAAUGGCUGUGCAGAGAGACUAUGGUUUCUGGUGCCCAAGGGAAUUGAAAAUCAAUCCAGAACAUGGCUAUUCUUUCCUGGGGGUUGCAGACUGUUCACCUCCUUGCCCUAACAUGUAUUUCAGACGUGAAGAACUGUCCUUUGCCAGGUACUUCAUUGGUGUGAUAUCCAUUGUCUGCCUGUCUGCCACACUCUUCACCUUCCUCACAUUCCUCAUUGAUGUCAAACGAUUCCGCUACCCGGAGCGCCCUAUCAUAUUUUAUGCAGUCUGUUACAUGAUGGUUUCCUUAGUGUUUUUUAUUGGUUUUCUUCUUGAGGACACAGUUGCCUGCAACAGAAAUGAUCCUUCAGUUUACAAAGCAUCCACAGUGACACAGGGCUCCCACAAUAAAGCAUGUACUAUCCUGUUUAUGGUGCUGUACUUCUUCACAAUGGCUGGCUCAGUUUGGUGGGUCGUCCUUACCAUAACGUGGUUUUUAGCUGCCGUUCCCAAAUGGGGCAGUGAGGCAAUAGAAAAGAAAGCCUUACUGUUUCAUGCAAGUGCCUGGGGGAUCCCAGGGACACUCACCAUAAUCCUCCUCGCCAUGAACAAAAUCGAAGGGGACAAUAUCAGUGGCGUUUGCUUUGUUGGAUUGUACAAUGUUGAUGCACUGCGGUAUUUUGUCCUGGCUCCAUUGUGUCUCUAUGUGGUGGUGGGGGUUUCCUUGUUGCUGGCAGGUAUAAUAUCACUGAACCGUGUGCGGAUUGAAAUCCCAUUGGAGAAAGAGAAUCAGGACAAGCUGGUGAAGUUCAUGAUCCGAAUUGGUGUGUUCAGCGUUCUCUAUCUCGUCCCACUCCUUGUCGUGAUUGGAUGUUAUUUCUACGAGCAAGCAUUCCGAACUGUGUGGGAGACGACAUGGAUUCAGGAACGGUGUCGUGAAUAUCACAUUCCCUGCCCUUACCAGGUGACGCAAGUGAGCCGCCCUGAUCUUAUACUCUUCCUGAUGAAGUAUCUGAUGGCUUUGGUGGUCGGGAUCCCAUCCGUGUUCUGGGUUGGCAGUAAGAAGACCUGUUUUGAAUGGGCCAGCUUCUUCCAUGGGCGCAAGAAGAAAGAUUCUGUGAAUGAGAGUCGCCAAGUUUUGCAGGAACCAGAGUUUGCUCAGUCUCUGCUGAGAGAUCCAAACACCCCCAUCAUCCGCAAAUCUCGAGGCACCUCCACCCAAGGAACAUCCACUCACGCCUCCUCCCAGCAACUGGCCAUGGAUGAUCAGAGGAGCAAAGCUGGCAGCGUCCACAGUAAGCUCAGCAGUUACCACGGCAGCCUUCACAGGUCACGGGAUGGCAGAUACACACCGUGCAGCUUAAGAGCUCUGGAUGAGAGGUUGGUUCACGGUAGUCUGCCACGGCUCAAUGAUCAGUCUCGGCAAAGCAGCCUACACCGCCUGAAUGACCAGUCCCGGCAUAAUAGCAUCAGAGAUCUCACAAACCCGGCAACACACAUCACCCAUGGCACGAGCAUGAACCGGGUCAUCGAAGAAGACUGCACAAGUGCCUAAUCAUUGUUUCUGCAACAAAGGCAAAGCAAAGGGGCCUCUAAUGUUUAAACAAAAUCAAUAAAACAGAAGCCUGAAAGAUCAGCGACCAAACGCAAGAAGUCGAUUUAAAAAUCUAACAAAUAUGGAAGAAAAUCAAUUUUGGCAAAAUGUGUUUAGAAGUUUCACGACUGUUGUAAACCUGAAUGGGAAGGAAAAUUACAAGCUGUUGGCCUGGGCUGCCUUGUUUUCAACAUUGUUAUCAGAUCCAUAUAAAUCAAAUAGGAAUAUUGAAUACCUUUCAGAAUUGAUGAUGAGCUUUGAUCUUAAGCUCCCAGUUUUAAAAGCCUUGUUUUGACACCCUUAAAUACGUAUUUUUGUGAUUCUGAUGCAGAAGGUGAUUUAAAGACAUUGACCAAUAUCCCAUCACGGGAACACAAAGGGUAAAUGUUUGUAAUUUUUUGUUUCUAGCCUAAUUGGAAAGACAAUAGCAUGUCUGUUAGUUUUCAAGGUACGCAUCUUAAACCGAUUGAAUCCUGUUGUUGGAAACGGGAUUAUUGUGUGAAAGAUCAAAUAAUGUUAAAAAUAUUGUAGAAAUAUGUUGUGUUUACUUGAAAUUAGAUUGGUUUAGGGAAGGGGCUAGUGCAAGUUCUAUAGCCACUCCUCCUGUCAGGAUGUUUCAAUUCUACCUCAUGCUGUCCCAUCUAAAAUAUUAUGGACAGGAAACAUCAUUCAGCUGUUUGGACUGAUUCAUUCAUCACGGAUGCAUUUUUCUACUGGUUAACUCGCGCAUUGCACUUGAUGGAUGUUGUUUUGUUUAAAGAUGCAGCACAGAAUGAGGCCCUUUGGCCCACCAAGUCUGCAAGGACCAGCGAUCCCUGCACAUUAACACUAUCCUACAUACAGUAGGGACAAUUUAUAGUUAUAGAAAGCCAAUUAACCUAUGAACCCGUACGUCUUUGGAGUGUGGGAGGAACCCGAAGAUCAUGGAGAAAACCCACGUGGUCACGGGGUGAACGUACAAACUCCAUACAGACAGCACCCAUAGUCUGGAUCAAACCCGGGUCUCUGGCGCUGAAAGCACUGUACGGCAGCAACUCUACCAUUGCACCACCAUGCCGUGGGGCAAGUUGAUUUGUGAACUAACCUGUGUAUUCAGAUUUAAGAGCAUGGUGCUAGUGUGAUAUGGGGCAAUGACUUGUAAUAUCAUCAGGAAUUUGAUAUGCAGGUUGGUUACUUGCACCAGUUACAAGAUGGGGUUCCAAUAAUACAUAGUAACACUUAAAAUUUGAUGGACCUAUUCGCCAUUCCUAAAGCCCAGUGUUAAAAGAACAUCUGGAUAAUGCCUGCUUUGGUUAGCAGCAACUCCAGGUUUACUAAAUUACUGGGUUCAUGACCUAAAAAUACCCUUGGUAAUCUUUUACUAAUAUCUGUCCAAGGGAAAUUUUCAAUUACAGUUUAUGUAAUAAAAUCAAGCAGGGUUUCAGAAAGUAAGAACUGUUUAAAAUCCUGCAAUCGUCUCUCCAGUUGACUAUUUAAUUGAACUAGAUAGGUGCUUUCAAACAUUUACCAGUAUUUUCACAAAAAUGCUUGCUAUAUAAUUAAAUUCCACACCAGCCGUGCAGUCUGGAACAUUUGUUUUGUUUUCUUAUUGAAAAUGUGACUCUUAAUUGCAGUUCAGAUUGGGUGUCAAUCAUAGUUAUAGUACUUCCGUUUCUGAUUCUGAAAGUUUAAGCCUUUCUGCAGGUUCUUCAGCACGAUACCAAACUGGAAUUUCAGUGUUGAUACUGAGGAGUGCUGCAUUGGUAGAGGUUGUACCUUUUGCAUGGGGCACCAGUGCGGCCAGAACAAAAUAAAUCUUUAUUUAACAUUUGUGCCAUACAGUGCUCAGCAGGAGAUGCAACACUGGCCCUUUACCACAUUCCUUCCUGCCACCCAAGAAUCCAAGCAGUCCUUCAAGGGGAAGUAAUUGAGGUGGUCUGCAAAGCAGCCACCCAAUCUGCAUUCUGUCUCUCCAAAGUAGAGGAGGCCACUGAGGGCAAUACAUGAAUGUAUUUAAUGUAUUGCUAUCGGUGAUUUCCUCUACUUUGGAGAGACUGAAUGCAGAUUGGGUGACUGCUUUGCAGACCACCUCAAUUAAAUUUGUAAAAUGAAUUUAAACUACUGGUCACCUAUUGCUUUUUUUUCUGUACCAUUCCCACUUUGUCCUGGCUUUGCCCUCCGAUACUUUUCCCGAUAUAGAUUCAAGGAACAACUUUCCAUCUUCCAACCGACAUGUGCAGCCCUUUCGAUUUGAUAAUGAAUUUAACAGUUUCAAAUAACCAACCUUUUCAGGUGCAAAUUCAUCCACCUGAAACAUCAAUCAUCAUCUCUCUCAAGCCCCCUCUCUCUCCAUAGAUGUUCCAUGGAACAGUACCACGCAGGAACGGACCUUUCAGUCCACAAUGUUUGUGCUGAACUUGGUCUGCCUGUACAUAAUCCAUAUCCUUCUAUUCCUCUGCCUAUCUAAAAGCCUCUUAAAUGCUGCUAUCAUAUCAUAUCUGUGAUCUGUAUUUUCAGAUAGCCAAGCAACAAGUUCCUCAUGUUUCCAGUCCUGUUGAAGGAUCUUUGACUUGAAAUACUAGCUCUGUUUCUCUCUUCAAAUAUGCUGCCUGACCUGCUGAAUAUGCAUGUUUUAUUUGUUUUAUUUUCUAGCUACAGUGAAAUCAACAUUCAUUGAUUUUUCAUUUGGGUAACUGAAGAUCUGAUUUCUCCCGUGUCAUGGUUGCCUUGCACAAAUCAACACCGUUUAACGGUUAAGUAAUUUACAACUACCGUUAUCACAAAAUCUUUACUCUGCUUGUGGUCUUGUUUUCUUCCGUGACCAAAUGAUUGGCUUGCUAAAGCUGUCCAAACAUGACCAAUAAGUCUUAUCAACUACUCUCAUCCAAAACGGAAACAGUAUGCAGCAAUCCUUCACACAUCAGCAGAGUGGCUCACGUCCCAUCUUUUUUUAUUGACACAUUAUUCACCCUGAAGGUAAGGCUUAAACAGGAUCCUAAUAAAUAAUGGCUUCAUACAUUUAAAGUAAGACUUCAAAACACAAGAAAGAGUGGAAUUUCAAUAUUAAAAAAGGGAACAAUCAAGAGGACUCUUGGGAGAAUUCUUGUUUCAUUCUUGUAGUAAAGUAAACUCUGGUCAAGCUUUAAUGCCUGCAUUAAAAUGGAUUGAUUUUGAGCUCUGAAACAUGCUGUAUUACUUACUGUAAUUCAGAACUUAUGUUGUUUUGAGAUGAAAAGUAGCGGGAUUAACUAAUGGUGCCACACUUUAUGUCUUCAACACACAAUUUUUCCUUUGGAAACCAAUGAGCAUUUGUGCUGCAUCUGUCCUUAUCAUCCUUCAUAGUUGAAUCAGCAGUGCCUAUGAUCACAAUUUAUCAAGUUUGUAAUAUACAUAUUGUCCUCCAGUUGCAAUGGCCCAAAUACACCAACGCCUUGUUGCUGGUUGUAAUAGACUAGGCACUAGUAAGCCAACAUAAAAUGCAGCCACCAGCAUCUUGCCAGUAGACAGUAACGGCAAGCCUGUUCCAGAGUUGCUAGGAUUGGCAGCAAUUCUGCUGGGUUGUUGAAUCUGUUGCAAGAAUCCUGUGCCUGAAAAGGGCAUCAACUGAGACUGUUCGUAAUAAAAUGGCGAUGGAAAGAGAAAUUGAUAACUUGCACUCACCCCAUAAAAAGAGCCUGUUUGUUUACUAUAGAAUUGUGGCUGGAUGUAUAGUUUGGUAAAGUGUUUUUUAUUUCCACAGGUUUAGCACUUUAUUUGAGUGUAUAGCUGUUGUGCAGUAGUUGUAAAUUAGACUUUUUUUUUAGAGAGCGGUAGAUUUUUAAUAAAAUAAUCAAACCAUU